GUGUUCCUGUCGGAGUGAAAAGUGGAGUCUGCUCUGAGGUGUGUCGGUGGAGCAGGACCAGAACGCAUCCACAGAAGAUGAGGAAGAGCAGGAGUGUGCUGAACGUGUCGCCCGGCGAGGACAGUAAGGAGCCUCCGGACACCUUUAUGUCUCCGGCCUGCACUCUCGGAGUGGACCUGCGCCGGGGCAGACGCCGCUUUUCUGGCAACCUACAGCUGCCGCCGCUGUCAUGGAGGCAGUCGGAGAGGUCACGGACCCCAGACGAGGAGCUCAUCUGUCGCCCCACCACGUUACCCUUCGUCAACCCACCCCGCAUCGACAUCACACCUGUGGACCCCGAGUGUUUUGACGUGGAGAAUGGACCGUCUGCGGGAUGCAGCCCUCUGGACCCCCAGGUCUCGCCCGGCUCAGGCCUCAUCCUGCACCCCAACUUCUCCCAGUCCGGACACAACCAGAGGCGCGAGUCCUUCCUGUACCGCUCGGACAGCGACUACGACCUGUCACCCAAAUCCAUGUCGCGUAACUCUUCAGUCGCCUCGGAGCUAUGGCUUGGCUUGCAUCCUCUGUCUCAGUCUGCUUCUCACCUCACUUCAUCCAGGCACGGUGAUGACCUUAUCGUCACGCCUUUCGCUCAGGUUCUCGCCAGCCUUCGAAGUGUCAGGAACAAUUUCACCGUCCUGACCAAUGUGCAGUGCGCACCCAACAAGAGGUCGCCGGCCACCACGCAGCCGCCCCUCACCAGAGUCUGUCUGACAGACGAGUCGUACCAGAAGCUGGCCGUGGAGACCAUGGAGGAGCUGGACUGGUGCCUGGACCAGCUCGAGACCAUCCAGACCUACCGCUCCGUCAGCGACAUGGCCUCCAACAAGUUUAAAAGAAUGCUGAACAGGGAGUUGACGCACCUUUCCGAGAUGAGCAGAUCUGGCAACCAGGUGUCAGAGUUCAUCUCCAACACCUUUCUAGACAAACAGAACGAGGUAGAGAUCCCGCCGCCCACACCGAAGGCCCGCGAGAAGAAAAAGAAGCAGCAGUUGAUGACUCAGAUCAGCGGCGUUAAGAAGGUGUCUCACGGGCCCAGCCUCAACAGCGGGAUCACCCGCUUCGGCGUCAAAACCGACAAGGAGGACCUGCUCUCGAAGGAACUAGAAGAUCUGAACAAGUGGGGCUUGAAUAUCUUUACGGUGUCGGAAUAUUCCAACAGUCGUCCUCUCACCUGCAUCAUGUACGCAAUCUUCCAGGAACGGGAUCUAUUAAAGACCUUCAAGAUCCCGGCCGACACGUUUGUGAUGUACAUGAUGACGCUGGAGGAUCACUACCACUCGGACGUGGCGUACCACAACAGUCUUCAUGCUGCUGACGUGGCCCAGUCCAUGCACAUCCUCCUCUCCACGCCCGCGCUAGAUGCCGUCUUCACGGAUCUGGAGAUCCUGGCUGCUAUUUUUGCGGCAGCCAUUCAUGAUGUAGAUCAUCCAGGCGUUUCCAAUCAGUUCCUCAUCAACACAAACUCAGAGCUGGCACUCAUGUACAACGACGAGUCCGUGCUGGAGAACCACCACCUAGCCGUCGGCUUUAAGCUGCUCCAGGAGGAGAACUGCGACAUCUUCCAGAAUCUCACCAAGAAGCAGAGGCAGUCGCUCCGAAAAAUGGUCAUCGACAUGGUACUCGCGACAGACAUGUCCAAACACAUGAGCUUACUGGCAGAUCUGAAGACCAUGGUGGAGACCAAGAAGGUUACCAGCUCAGGGGUGCUGCUUCUCGACAACUACACAGAUAGAAUACAGGUGCUUCGGAACAUGGUGCACUGCGCCGACCUGAGCAACCCCACCAAGUCUCUGGAGCUGUACAGGCAGUGGACAGACCGCAUCAUGGAGGAGUUCUUUCACCAGGGCGACCGCGAGAGGGAGCGUGGCAUGGAGAUCAGCCCCAUGUGUGAUAAACACACCGCCUCUGUGGAGAAAUCGCAGGUGGGCUUCAUCGACUACAUCGUGCACCCGCUGUGGGAGACCUGGGCCGACCUGGUGCACCCAGACGCCCAGGACAUCCUGGACACGCUGGAGGACAAUCGGAACUGGUACCAGAGCAUGAUCCCUCAGAGUCCCUCGCCCCCGUUCUACCCGCCCGACAAAGAGGGUCACGCCGGGGGGCCGGCGGCUGACAAGUUCCAGUUCGAGCUCACGCUGGAGGAGGAGGACUCGGAGGGGACGGAAAAGGACGAUCAGGAUGAGCGAGACGGACAGAGUCAGGGAGACGAGGAAGAUGAAGAGGAGGAGGACGACGAUGAGAAAGACGCCGAGGACGGAGCGGAAGAUGAAAAUCCAGAAGACGAGAUGGAAUCAGCCACGACUCACAUUGAGAUCGUGACGGAAGACGCGUCGCCGGUGGACACAUAGGACUUUUAUUUCGCCCGCCGUAGUGGGUAGUCGUCUUUUUUCCCCCAGCAGUCGAUGCUUUUUACCCGCAGGGAAGUUUUUCCGCGCCUCUCGGGAGGAGGACUGGCCCUCCUUGCACUUGCGUUUGGAGCCAGUUGGGUCGGAGCUCUCAGGAAAUAAAUGCUGCAGACAUUUUUUUUGGAGCUGGACGAUGGACGCGAUGAAGGAUCGGGGCCAAUCACGGACAUUCUGAGGAGUGGAGUUUGACACUACUGAGAGAUUUUCUUUGUUGUUUUUUUUUGUACCGAGUGACUUUUAUUUUGUAAAGCUAUCGGGACGGAUCCGGGUAGCAGACGAACUACUGAUGAACAAGCGUUUGUAAAGAGAGGAACCGUUUACUUUUCUGUACCAUUUGUCUAAAGACUCGUGUGCCUUUUUUACUAUCGUCUUUUUAUGGUCUUUUUUAUUUAUUGAACACACUUUAGUAGAACUGUACAUGAAAACGUCGUUUUGUUUUUUUAUUCUAAAGGCGAAUCAGACUAGCUCACGCACGUUGUUUUCUACACGCCGAAGAAAGAACCGUCUUCCUUUAUAUUUGGCAAUAGAAUUAAUAAAUAAUCCAAAUGUCUGACGCGCAUUCAGAAAACCUAGAGAUGUUCUGUAUUCCAGUCGAAGAUGCACUUUGUUCCAUUUUUAUUCUUAUUUUAAUCGUUUUUUUAAUACUGUUAGCACAUUUUUAGAUUUAGAUGCACCAUUAUUUCACAGCGAUCUUAGUAAAACUGACUUGUGGACACAUGGACGCGACUAGGCCUGUCAUGAUGAUAAAUGAUGAAAUUUUGCUUUCUGUCGACUCUACGUGGGCUCGGUGGGUAGCACCGUCACCUCACAGUGAGAAGAUCCUGGGUUCGAUUCCUAGCCGAAUUUGCAUGUUCUCCUCGUGUCCCACUUACAGUAAUUCUGGCCAUUAUUAGUAAUAGUAUGUAAUGCAUAAUUACAGUAUAAUAUAUACAUUAUUAUAUAAUAGGGAUGUAACGAUGCACCACAAGACAGUUAAUAACCGAUUCAAAAAUUGCACCAUUCAAAUCAUGUAUAAUGAAUCGAUAUUCACUUUAAACAGCAGAGCUAUACACCUCGCCUGGUUGACGUCACUGGCGCUAUACGCCUAGUUGCCAGAUUCUGGGUUUUUCAGGCAAAUUGGGCUUAAUUCAAAAUUGUUUUGCAUAGUUUGUACCUACCUCAGAAAUAAAAGGACAUCGCAUCACAUCGUGGGUAGAGUAUCGUUACAUCCCUAAUUAUAUAACUAUCAAUAAAAUGAAUCAGAUAUUCAUCAUCGCCUCAAAUAGCAGCAAUCAGCUCAAAUAAAUAAUUAGAAACAAUGCACACAUGCAAACUAGAUGCUCCCAAACUUUUACCUGAUUAGGAAUUGAAUUUUUUACCUGAUCUGUCCUGCAGCUCGAUUUGUCUAAACAAUACUUCAUACAGGACGCAUUUAUCAACCAACGUUCACUCAGUAGCCGGGUCAUGCUGGUCAGGGUUGUGUGGGGUCCAGCUGGAAACACUGGGUGCAGGAAGGGAAUAGAACCCAGAUAGGGGAGUCAGACUAUCAAGCUAGAGACUGUGACUUGCAACCUCUGCUGGCUGAUCGGUGGUGCUGCACAGAGACGGGGGAUAACGGAGAUCAGUGCUGGACCAGUAAUCAGAAGGUUGCAAGUUCAAGCCCCACUGUCGCCAAGUGGCUUUGGAUAAAAGCGUUCGCUAAAUGCUGCAGAUGUAAUUAAUAAUAAAAAGCAGAAAUUAAAUUCAGUUGUAGCUAAACGAGCACAUUUGGGCUUUUAUUUUACUCUCAAUGGAUCAUUUUUUAAGUGUAAAGUUUUAUUCCAUUAAAAUACUUUACAGUUCACUCCAGUUUUGUGGUGUAGGUUUAACCUCUUGGUGUAUUUAACGGCCAAAGUAGCAUGCACGAUGUGUGUGUGUGUGUUUUAUAUAUGUGUGUGUGAGUGCUUUCUGUCUCCUCAUGCCUGGUUUUGUACAUGACUCCUGCGUUUAGUUUGUUUAUAUCGGCUGCCGUCGGUCCUCCGCUGUUUAGAACAGUGUAUUUAUUAAACUCUCUGUACAGGAACGGUUGCUUUGUAAAUUUAUGAUAUAUAUUUUUUAUUUAUAUGCACUUGCAUUACCGGAAUCUGGUGGUGUCUCUUUUUUGUGUAGUGGGCUCUUGGAUGGAGUCUGUUCUAUUUUGUAAUAUGGUUUUAUUUCUGUUCUGUUUUAAAUAUGGAUGAAUAAAUAUCAUAUUAUAUUAUAUUAUUCUCUAUAGAUAUAUCGCACAAUAUACAACUAUACUGACAUACGACUGCCCUGAAACGUAGCUUGAAGACACCUAUCGGUCACGCGAUCACACCGUAGACGUGGCUCAGACCUUAGAACCUUCGUGUAUCACCGUUUGGUGCAACAAUCCACAAAAAUAGAAAUAAUAAACACCUUAAAGGCACGAGAUGGUACGCAGAGCGGAGAUUUGAACCCCCGUGCAGCAUGUUGAACACAGAUUGCUAAUAACGGCUCAGAAAUUUUGCCUCCACACUCACCGGUCACAAACGUCACCGAACACCUCGACACCUAAAUGUGAUCCUCUGUAAUGGAUUGUGCUAAUGUGAACUACUUUCUGAGCUUGUUAGCAGUUUUGAGAUUCAAUCUGUCGGUAUUACUUUGUUCAUCUAUGUUUGAGAUCUUUUGGUCUCAACUCGUGUCCAAAAGGAUUAGAGUUAGUAAUAUCUGCAUGAGGGACGGGUCGUUUUACGUCUAGUGAUCCCACAUUGUUGCAGGUGAAUAUUUAAUGUUUCACACGAUGUAUGGUUAUACUAUUGUAUAUUGUGUUUAAUGAAAUCUGAACCUACUUUUCUAUGAAGUGAUUAAAAUGAAGCAUGAAUAUAA